AUGGACCGACCCAAGAAGCCAUCCGCUCUCUCUGCCACUCCAGGCCUCGCACCUCAUGCUCAAAUAAAUACCACACACUCCAAUUCCCGCGUCUCCGCCGUUCUCCCCACUGGCGAAUCGGUCGAAAUCCUUCUUUACGGCGCCACAAUCAUAAGCUGGAAAGAUGCUGCCGGAACCGAAAAACUCUGGCUUAGCGAAAAAGCUGUGCUCGAUGGCACAAAAGCUGUGCGUGGUGGUAUUCCUCUAGUAUUCCCGGUGUUCGGAAAAGUAGAGGGUGAGGAAGGUAAAGCGAAGGGUGUUGAUACUUUACCUCAACAUGGUUUUGCGCGCAACUGUAGAUGGGAGUUUUUAGGAAAGAGUACUAGUGAGAGCAGUACCGUUAAGGGACAAGAGGGUGGUGAUAGCAGUGUAAAGUUGGACUUUGGUUUGAGUGCUAGUAACGUACCUGAGGAGACAAGGAAGUUGUGGGGUGGCGAGUUUGGUUUGAUUUAUAGUGUUACACUUAGUAAAGAAGGCCUUGGAACGAGUAUGGUGGUUAGAAAUGAGGGUUCUACAGCUUGGGAGUUUCAGAUCUUGAUGCACACUUAUUUGAAGAUCCAGGACAUCUCCCAAAUCUCCAUUACAGGUCUCGAGAAUGCUACAUAUGUCGACAAACUCACCGAACCAAUUUCCACAAAUACCGCUCCCACUGAUCCCCUUACCAUCUCCGCCAAAACCGAUCGUGUCUACACUCCUGCUGGCGGUCCAUCCACUGAAAUAAUUGUUUCUGAGGGAGGAAAGAAGAAAUACACAGUCGCGAGAGACAACAUGAACCAAGUUGUUGUUUGGAACCCUUGGAUCGAUGCCAAGGAUAUCGGCGAUUUUGCUCCCAAAGAUGGAUGGAGAACCAUGAUCUGUGUCGAAGCUGGAUCUGUUAGUGGAUGGCAAAAAUUGGAGGCUGGAGAGACUUGGGAAGGUGGACAAAUCAUCACACUUGCGAAUUAG